AUGUCUUCUGUGCCGAUCGACAGCGUGCAGGCAGCACAACAAGUGGUGUCUACGAAGAUCAAGGACAAGUCUUGGAUCAUGCCGACUGAUCCAGCCGAGUUUCUGCAGCAAAUAGCUUACCAGAGUCAGCUACUUGCUUGCCUGCAUUGGCUGGGAGAGUUUCAAAUCCUCGCAUGCGUGCCACUAAGCGGAAGCGUGCCCAUCAAAGAUGUGGCAGACCUUGCGGGUGUCCCAGUGUCACAGCUGGCACAUGUCAUACGAUUCAUGGCGACGGCCGGAUUCAUGAAAGAGCCACGACGCGGCGAGGUCGCGCAUACGCCACAAUCCGCGGCCUUUGUCACUGACCCAUCCUUCUUGGACGCGGGUAUUUUUCUUGCCCAGGUCUCGGCACGAUCUGCCAGAAAGAUGGCACAGAACUCUGCCAUCUCCACCUUGAUGGGUGGCGACGGCGCCAAUAACGGCUCAGAUUUUGACAAUGGGGAGCUUCUCAAGUCGACAAGCGAGAGCCCCAGAGUGCAGCGGGAGGUCACGGCUUACCUCCACUACGUGGUCAACGAGGUGUCAGAUACGGCUAAUCUUCUCGCCCAGCUUGACUGGCGCAAGCUCGGUAGUUCUUCCGUCGUCGAGAUACGGGCGGAUCGGAUCUACCCUGCGUCUCUAGUGCUGACGGAACUGCACUCUACCCCACGCUUCACAGUCCAGACAUUUCAGGAAGACUCAGUCGAGCAGGGCACAGCGGUUACUACUACUGCCACCACAUCUUCAUCCUUCAUCAGCAAAUCCUCCGAAGAGCCCUCGCCCAAGAGGAUCAAGCCGGGUAUUACCUAUCAGAAACGGUCUCUGGGUAGUCCUCAAGUCGUUACCGACGCCACAAUGUACGUGAUGCGCCUAGAACGACCCCAUUCCACCUCUGUGCAGCGCAGCAUCCUAGACGAGGGCCAGAUUGUGAGUGAGCUACGUGCCCAUCUGGGCGUGCUCAAGCAUAACAGCAACGCCACACUUAUUCUGAUAGGCCCCUUGCUCCCCGAAGCUGGCGCCAUUGACGCCAAGGCUGAAAUGGUGGUACGGUUCAGAGACCUCUCGCUCAACCAACUUACUAGCGAGCGCGAGAUGGAGGUCGGCGAGCUCGUGGAUAUCAUUGGCGACGUACAGGAUGAAUCAGGCUGUCUGGUGGUUGUGAACAAGCUGUAUUCCCGCACUAGCUCCACUGUGGCUUUGGAGGUUAGAUAUGAGUUAUACAACUACCGUAAGGGAUAA